AUGCAAGUGUCUUUUGAUGGAAAGAUACAUCUUGUAAGGAUAAGCAACGUCAGCGCUGAUGACGAAGGUAUGCGCUAUACUCUAGAGUUUGAUGGCCGUCGCUGGAAAGCAAAAGGUGUUCGACUUCAGCACUCUGCACUGAUACUGGGAUUAGGUGAAGCUGAAUACGAACUAUUUUCGCCGGAUACUUUCCAAGGAGAGCGCGCUGCAGAUGGAUCUGGAAUGAUUCAUUCAUCACAUGCACCAAUGCCGGGAAUCAUCGAAAAAGUCCUCGUGAAAGUUGGAGACGAAGUACGGCAAGGCGAACCUCUUGUUAUAAUGACUGCUAUGAAGAUGGAGUAUAUAAUAAGGUGAGU